AAAACCGUACAAGGAGUAGUGACAAGAUUUUGCCAUGAUUAUGGGAUGAUUGAUGAUUUGAUUUGCUUCACAAGUGAUGCUGUGAUGAGCGGUGUGCCACUGAACGUUGGACAGAAAGUCAUCGCUAUUGUUGAAGAGGAUAAAACAUCUAAUGGAUUGAAGGCGAUCAGGGUAGAAGCUGUCUCAGACAAAUGGGAAAACUAUAGCAGUCCUACUUACGACUCUUCUGAAUUAAAAACUAAAAUGUUAACUGGCAAUAUUACAUCUCUUACUGAAGAUGGUGGCUAUAUUAAUAAGACAACUUCUUUCUCCAUGGACCGGGUUUGUGAAGGCUUCGAACCUUGUAAAGGUGACUGGGUGCAAGCUGAAUAUUUUAUUAACCCAACAACAUGGAGCAGUGAAGCAGUUUCUGUAAAGCCACUGAGAUAUAAGCGAGUGGACAAAGUUCGUAUUUCCAGUGUUUGUGGAAGAAUUGGCGUAGUAGAUGACAGUAUAUUUUUCAUUCUGGAUUUUCUGAGACUUCCUGAUGGUUAUUCACCUCGUAGACAUGACCUGGUCAAUGUGGUGGUUGUGGAGAGUAACCAGUCAUGUUACAUUUGGAGAGCACUCUGCAUGGCUCCCUCAGACAAGAAUGGUGAAAUGAACUUGGAUGAGUCAUAUGAAAAUUUAAUGAGAGACAAAGGAGGACUGGAGGUGUCAAGAAUGACUAACUUUGGAACGCUUAAGCUAGGGGAGAGUAAAAACAUGGUCAUUUGGAUAGAGAAUAAGGGAAAUGUACCACAUUCCUUAAUCAGCUGCAGACUAGCUGGCUGGGAAAAAGAGAAGCAGUUUAGCUUUCAGUUGCCUGAAAAAGGCCAGAAGACUCCAACAGCAUUUUUGUCAUCAUCUGUUCCUGUGAAACAAGAGAAUUUGUCAAAAGGGAGCAUCAAUUCACUCAAUAACAACCUGGAAAACCUCAACAAAUUCAUGAAGAAGCUGAAGUUCCACAUAGGCUCCCUGGCCUCCAUUAUCCCCUCUCUGGAUCCAGGAGACUGGUAUGCUGCCCUCGACUUGAAGGAGGCAUAUUUUCACAUCUCUAUAGUCCUGGACUACAGACGAUUACUGCUAUUCAUGGUGGGACAGGUGCACUACCAGCUCACAAAGGACCAUUUUCUCUAUGCAUUCCCACCUAUUCCGCUUAUAGACAGGUUUCUGCUGAAGGUCAAAGGGGACAAAGCAAGCCUGAUCCUGGUAGCGCUGGCAUGGCCGCACCAGCAUCGGUUCACCACCCUCCUGCAGCUCUCGGUCAAAGAACCGAUCACCCUAGCACUAAACCCUGGCCGCUGCAAAGAACUUCUGUUGCUUUGUUUUUCUGAUUUUAUUAUUGGACGUUACAUUGAAGUAACUGUAAUAAAUGAAGAGGAAUCUCUAAUAGCAGCCACUGAACCAUUCUCAGUAAGAAAGCAUAAAGUUAUUCCAGAGUUACAGCACAUGAAGACCACAGUGUCUGUAACAGAACACAAAAGAAGUUGUAGAAGACAUCUUCCAAGUUUCCUACCAUACUAUCCCAUACCGGAUAGAUUAAGAAAAUGUGUGGAGCAGAAAUUGGACAUACUGACUUUUCAACCUCUCCUUGCAGAGCGACUGAAUCUGUCUAACUAUAAAGCAAACCUUUCUACCCUGCUCUGGCUUGAGGAGAUCCAUGCUGAAAUGGAGAUCAAAGAAUUUAGCAUGAGUGGAAUCAUUUUGAAAAAGAAUGGAAACUUCUUGGUGCUGGAAGUGCCAGGAUUGACAGAGGGAAGACCUUCCUUAUAUGCAGGUGACAAAGUGAUACUAAAAAGUCAAGACUACUCUGAGCAUAUAAUAGAGUACAUUGCCUAUGUUACUGAGAUUCACAAUGAAGAUGCUACUCUGAGACUUAACCCAGAGUUUGAACGGGUUUACAACUCUGAACCCAUGGAUGUAGAAUUUGCAUUCAAUAGGACUACCUGCAGGCGAUGCCAGUUUGCAGUUGAACAAGGCAUCUAUCUGGGUGAAAAAGUGUUAUUUCCAGAUACUCUGGUUUUACAAUCCCCACAAGUUGUCAAGACUUGGAAUAAGAUGGGAUGUCGUACUGUUGCUGAUGCUCAUGAACAGUAUACCAAGAAGAAAGACAUGAAAAAGAAAAUGCAAAAUGAGCAAACAAAAUGCAUGGUGCCAAAGGAGAGAAACAUAGUGGCUGUGCCUCGAAUGGUGACUGUUGCUACACAGACAAUCAAUGGAAUCAUGACACCUGAACAGAGAGACUGUGAAUUUUUCAAUCCUGUGCUGAAUGAGCAUCAGAAAUUAGCAGUGAAGAGGAUACUUAGUGGUGAAUGUCGUCCAACUCCUUAUAUUCUCUUCGGACCACCGGGAACUGGAAAAACUGUAACAAUGAUAGAAGCUAUCUUACAGGUACAUUAUACUUUACCAGACAGUCGAAUUUUGGUCUGUGCACCAUCCAACAGUGCAACGGAUUUAGUUUGCUUACGACUGCAUGAUAGUAACCUCCUAAAACCAGGAGCUAUGGUCAGAGUUAAUGCUAGCUGCAGGUGUGAAGAGACAAUCAGUGAUACAGUAAAACUUUACUGCAAAGAUGGUGACGAUAUUUGGAAUGCAUCACGGUUCAGGAUAAUAAUUACCACAUGUAGCAGUGCAGGAAUGUUUUAUCAAAUAGGAGUAAGGCUUGGGCAUUUCACACACGUAUUUGUGGAUGAAGCAGGACAGGCAAGUGAACCAGAAUGCUUGAUUCCACUUGGGUUGAUUUCAGAAGUUAAUGGACAGAUAGUGCUUGCUGGAGAUCCAAUGCAGUUAGGACCAGUAAUAAAAUCUACACUUGCAAUGGCUUAUGGAUUAAAUAUAUCCAUGCUGGAAAGACUAAUGUCACGAUCUCUGUAUCAGAGAAAUGAGGAUACUUUUGGUGUUUAUGGAUCGUACAAUCCUCUGUUGGUUACAAAGCUUUUGAAGAAUUACAGAUCACAUUCUACAUUGCUUGCGUUGCCAUCUAAACUGUUUUAUCAUAAAGAGCUGGAAGUUUGUGCAGACACUUCAGUAGUAACUUCUUUGUUGGGUUGGGAAAAAUUACCGAGGAAGGGGUUUCCACUAAUUUUUCAUGGCAUGAGGGGCAGUGAAACACGUGAAGGACACAACCCCUCUUGGUUUAAUCCUACAGAAGCAGUUCAAGUAAUGCGUUAUUGUUGCCUUCUUGCGAAACACAUUAACAAUGCAGUGUCGGUGACUGAUAUUGGGGUGAUUACACCAUAUCGUAAACAGGUAGAAAAAAUUAGGUUUCUUCUGCGAAAUGUUGAUUUGAUGGAUAUUAAAGUUGGUUCUGUAGAGGAGUUUCAAGGGCAGGAGUACUUGGUGAUCAUCAUAUCGACAGUACGAUCAAAUGAGGGCUCAUUUGAUGAUGAUAGAUACUACUUGGGAUUCCUCUCUAAUGCAAAACGAUUUAAUGUGGCAAUUACCAGACCAAAGGCUUUGCUUAUUCUGGUGGGAAAUCCUCAUGUUCUUGUAAAAGAUCCCUGUUUCAGUGCUCUUUUGGAAUACAGCCUAGCAAAUGGAGUUUAUGUAGGUUGCGAUUUGCCUUCUGAAUUGAAAUCUCUGCAACAGUAA